GAUCGCGUUAACAACGGUUUCAGUGAAAUGGUUUGGCUCAAAUUCAUAUUCUUGGUGCUGCUUGUAGCAGCCAAGCAAGUGCAAGCGCUAAUAUGCAGUCGAUAUCCGACGAAUACAUUGAUGCCGAAAUCACCGGUAGAUGAGAAUUUUAUGGUGACAAUCAGUGGAAAUCCGCAAACCUAUAUAUUGGGGCAGGAUUAUAAUGUCACAAUUCAAGCAUUCAACGGGGUGCGCUUUAUCGGCUUCAAGCUCGCGUUAGAGUAUGACAAUGGAGACCCGAGUCUAAAUCAAGAUCUUGGGCACUUCGAACUGCUGGAUCCGAUAGAGACACGCUACAGCCCGAAUUGUAUUAAUAUGGUGGAGAGUACAAAUACCAAUCCAAAGACGCGCAUUGAUGUCUCUUGGGUGGCGCCCGAGCAACCCGGUAGCGGUUGCGUGCUCAUACGUACAACAUUGCUCCAACAUCGCGAUGUUUGGUUCAUGGAUGACGGUGGACUAACGCGUCGUAUUUGCGAAGAAAGCAACGAUGAAUUGGAAAGUGCCCCGUUGAGCGCCGACAGGAAUAGCUGUUGUGCGUGUGAUGAGGCACGCUAUGAGCUCACUUUCGAAGGCACUUGGUCGCGCAAUUUACAUCCGAAGGACUUUCCCACAAAAGGUUGGAUAACACGUUUCAGCGAUAUUAUAGGCGCCUCGCAUUCGGGCGACUAUCGUUUCUGGGAAUAUGGACAAAUGGCCACUGAGGGUAUGAAAGAGUUUGCGGAACAUGGUUCGGUGCUAACGCUUGAGAGGGAAUUUAACUACUACUUUAAGAAUGGGAAAAUACGCACUAUUAUUAAGGCGCGCGGUCCUGCCUUUCCCAAUUUAAAUGGUCAAUCUCUGGCUUCCGUACGUGUGGACCCGCAUCACCACCUAAUUUCAUUAGCUUCCAAAAUAGAUCCAUCCCCUGAUUGGAUUGUCGGCGUGUCCGGUUUGGAGCUCUGCAUGGCCAAUUGUACAUGGCUCGAACAGAAAACUGUUGUCCUAUAUCCGUGGGAUGUCGGUACCGAUGCUGGUCCUUCAUAUACGUCGCCAGAUCAACCUCAAGUUCCGGCCGAUGUAAUCCGUCGUAUGCGGUCCGACUUUCCGAAUGAUCCACGUUCACCAUUUUUCGACGAGAACGGCUUGCCAAUGAAACCAUUGGCUAUACUAAAGAUUAAGCGACAAAGACUCUAUGAACGACUGUGUGAGGAUGAAGAAUCCAAUAAUGUGGACGUGCCUCGCGAGUGCAUCACUCACCCUUGGACUGCUUGGAGUGAGUGCACCACCAAAUGCGGUGAAGGACGUCAGUUCCGCACACGCGUCUACAAACAGCCGGAUGUAGCAAAGAUCUUCAAUUGCGAAGUAGAUACUCGACAAGAUCGUUCCUGUAUGGGCGAAGAAUGUGGAUAUGACGAACGACAAUUUGAUAGAAUGCAAAGUCGAAACAGAAACAAUGAAGAUGAUUUUCUCGAUGGAGAAGAAAUAGGAGACUCAGAUGAGAUGUCACGCGAGGAUUGUAAAUACACAGGCUGGAGUGGUUGGUCGCCAUGCAGUAAUACUUGUGGUGAGGGUCGAAUGACGCGUAGGCGCCAAUAUGAGAAUCCGAUGUCGGAAGCAAAGUGUCAGAGGACGAAAUUUGUACCAUUGGUGCAGUAUCAAAAAUGUAUAGGUCGUGAAUGUCUGGAAAACACGAAUGAUAGGCGCAGAAUUCAAGAAGUAGAGGAAGACGAAAAGGGAAUAGAAACGGAGGAGGAAGAAAAUGAAAUAAGUGACUGGCAACAAAGUCGUGGCAAAUCUCGUUUUGGCUAUGGAAGACCAAUCAAUGCAAUAGAACGAAAUCGUGAACGUAACGAAGAAGAUGGCGAGGGCAUCGAGGAGGAGGAGGAGGAGGGGGAAGAGGAAGAGGAGAAAGGGGAAGAUAAAGAGGAAGAGGAGAAAGAGGAAGAGGAGGAAGAAGAUAAAGAAGAUGAAGAAGAGGUGGAAGAGAAGGUAGGGGUAUGGGAGGACUACAAGAAUACUUACGAUUUCAGGAGGUCAAAUACGCGUGGCAGAAAUCAACGUCCUUAUUCACGCACGAAUACGAGAGAAGAGGAAGAGCCUGAUAGUGACCACACGGAAACACCGAAAUUCUGCUUUCAAAAACUUAAGAUUCCCCGUUGCUUCAAAUCAGGAGUAGUGAAAAAUUAUUGGUUCUACAACUACUGUGAAGAUCAGUGUAUGUUAUUUACUGCCGAAAGUUGUGAUAGGAAUAAAAAUAAAUUUACAUCAUUGGAAAUGUGCGAAGAGACGUGUCGCCCGCCUGGGAACGAAGAGCUGCUGCAAAGAAAACAACAGCGCGGUUGUGACCAGUCAAUGGAGUGAAAAAACAACGAAGCAAAUGUUCUAGAUUUUAAACUUCUUUACUUAUAGCUUAAGCGAGUAUGUACAUAUGUCCUAGGUUAGAUUAGAUUGUUGUUUUUGUAUAAUACAUUUUUAGAAGUUGUUGUUUUUAGUGCUUACAUAUUAUAUUAAAAAAAUUACAUAAUUCUUUAGAGCUCAAAUAAAAAUAUGAAUAGGUACAAUAAAAUUUCAUCAGAAACGGUUUACAGGCUUAGGUUAAAAUGAAAUAUUCAAUGACUUUCUCGCAACUAUGCUCACCAAGCAAUUUUAUGCGAAUCUAUAGGUUAUCCUAUGAAGACGUUACCAAGAAGAUUGGGGUUUAUAUCCAACCCAAUUCUGCCACUUCAGCAUCAUUCCAUCAGAAAUUAUAGGAAAUGCUUACAACAAUAGUUGCGUCAUAGCUUUUAUAGGUAGUUGUUUUUGUUUUGUAGAGGAGGACUGCUGAAAUGACAGGACAGUUCUUGGGUGUAUAUAAAAAAUAUUCGAGCCGUUCCGGUAAUCUAGACCUGAAACACGUAGCUGCCAUCACAGUGAUCUGCAGGAAAAGGUUUCUAGAUGACAACAAGUGUUUCUUGUGUUAUAAGAAAGAACUUGUCUACCGUGUAUAAAAAAACUGUUUCAACUGCAUUGGAAAAACUAGGAGUUAUACUUUCUCUUCUCCUAACAGAGAUGAUCGCUGUAGCUGUAUACAUUUAUGCUGCUUGUUGUUGUUGUAGCAGCGUAAACAUUCCCCAUACAUGCACAGGGAAUGCUGCUGGAGUGACAGUCCUUGGCCGGAUAUAAAUCCGGGUCGUUCCGGUGACGUAGAACCGAUUUAUGCUGAUACCGAACGGUAUCGAAAGCAAAACUUUAAAUGCGUUUUUCUCAAAACUAUGUUUUUGAAGUGGUGAUCAGUGCUUUUGAAAAACAUAAAAAACUCUUGCCUGAUCGAAGGAUUUUUUUUUAAUUUCGAUUUUUUUUUAACAAUUCUCGGUUUUUUUCUCGAAAAUCUGAAAAAUAUUUGCUGAGGCCGCCAUAUUGUUAAUUUUGAUUUCGAUCGGGCACAAGGUUAUCUACUAAUAACACUAAUUUCUCUUGUCCGAUUGAUUUUAGAUGGAUCUCUUCUGGAGAAACGGGCUCCACACAAAGAGUGAUAUCUUUUACAAUUACUAAUUUUUUUGUUGAAAUUUUGCUAAAGUCAAAUCAAUGUAUUAAUGCUAUGUUUUGAUUUUUGUAAAAUAAAGCAAUUGACUAGCAAAAAAAAAAUUAUUGAAAAAGAUCAUUUUUUCAGGCCUCUGACUACCCCUAACCCCUUACAGCCAAUCAUUUUACGCCAGUUUCUGUUGUUGUUGUUGUAGCAGCAUAAACAUUCCCCAUACUUACAUACGGUGA